AGGACUACAACUCCCAGGAGGCUGUGCUCUGACAGCUCUCCGAUUUAAAUAGGAUUCUGGGUUGGUGCUUAGAGUCAAGCUGUUGCUGAGCGCCUAGUCGUGAGAGGAGCAAGAAGCAGCCAAAGCAGCCAAGAGUUGGAGCCAGAUCCUGAGCCCAAGCCAGAUCCUGAGCCCGAGCCAGAGUUGUGGUUGAAGCUGGAGCAGCAGCAACUAAAGACAUCAAAAAGAUGCUGGUUAUCUUGGGACUUCUCACCUCCUUCUUUUCGCUCUUGUAUGUGACAGCUCCAUCCAUCAGGAGGUUUUUUGCUGGUGGAGUAUGUAAAACGAACAUGCAGCUUCCGGGAAAGGUAGUGGUGAUCACAGGUGCCAACACAGGCAUCGGCAAGGAGACGGCCCGAGAGCUGGCUCGCAGAGGAGCACGAGUUUACAUUGCCUGCCGAGAUGUACUGAAAGGGGAAUCUGCUGCCAGUGAUAUCCGGGCAGAUACAAAGAACUCCCAGGUGCUGGUGCGGAAACUGGACCUAUCUGACACCAAAUCCAUCCGAGCCUUUGCUGAGGGCUUUCUGGCAGAAGAAAAACAACUCCAUAUUCUGAUCAAUAAUGCAGGAGUGAUGUUGUGUCCAUAUUCCAAGACAGCAGAUGGCUUUGAAACUCACCUGGGGGUCAACCAUUUGGGCCACUUUCUUCUCACCCAUCUGCUCCUUGAGCGGCUGAAGGAGUCUGCUCCUGCACGGGUGGUGAACCUGUCAUCAGUGGUCCACCAUAUUGGCAAGAUUCGCUUCCAUGACCUACAAGGCGAGAAGCGCUACUGCAGUGGGUUUGCCUACUGUCACAGCAAGCUGGCCAAUGUGCUUUUUACUCGAGAGUUGGCCAAAAGGCUCCAAGGCACAGGAGUCACCACCUAUGCAGUUCACCCAGGCAUCGUCAGCUCGGAGCUGGUUCGGCACUCAUUCCUGCUGUGUCUGUUCUGGAGGCUCUUUUCCCCAUUCGUCAAGACCACAAGGGAAGGGGCCCAGACCAGUCUGCACUGUGCCCUGGCUGAGGGCCUGGAGCCCCUGAGUGGCAAGUAUUUCAGUGACUGUAAGAGGACUUGGGUCUCUCCAAGGGCCCGAAAUAACAAAACUGCUGAGCGCCUGUGGAAGGUCAGCUGUGAGCUUCUAGGAAUCCAGUGGGAGUAGCUAGCUGGUUGAAAAGCCAUGGCUUUAUCAGGCCAAAUCCAUGCCAUACUGAAAGGGGACCAACGAGAAGGCCAACUUGAAAGGAUUCUCCUCUUGACUGGCUGCCGCUGCUGCAAAUGCUGCCUACUCUGAUCCUCUUGACCUUUCUGGAAACCUUGAUACACCCUCAUGUGAUGCUGGCUCAUGGCACAAGAUGUUCACACCUAGAGACCAUUCUUGAAGACAUGGAGAAUCAGCAAUCCUAUGGGACAAAAGAACUGAGCAAAUCCCAGGUUGGGAAUGGGGGUGACGAAGAGCCUGGGAAGUUGGGUCAAUUUUCUCACCAACACCAGAAACACCAGAGUGCAUGCUUAAGCUGAGGCGACAGGAGCAGUAGCACUACCUAUUUCCAGGGGACUUUAGGCUCAAACUCUUAAUUGACCACUUUCCUCUUUGGAAUGCUAGUCACAACCCUGGAGUUCGAUCAACUCAAGAAGAUCAUGGCUAACCUUGGCCAAAUUUGAUUUCUUCUUUGGAGCAUCGUGGAUCCUGAAGUGAAGCUGGGCCUUUCCAUUUUCCACUGUGCAGAUGGUUUCUUUUUAUAGAGUUCCCUUUACCUCAAUUUUUAGAUAAAAUAAAGAUUCACAUUCAUCUUA